AUGACCGUCUUUUCACUCGUGGCCAUUCCGAUCUGCGUCUUUCUUUUAGCAGUGAGACACCAGAAACAGCUGCUCCAAUGGCUGUCACAAAAGUUAGGGUGGAAAAAAUGCUCUGAAGAGGCGUCGAACCCAUCUGAUGUCCAGCGUAUGGCACCGUACCCAGCCCAGCCCAUCAAGGGCAGGGAGAGAUACCGCGUGAUGAUGGACAUUCGCAAACUCGACGCUCAGAACUGGCUCACUCUCGAUAAGAACUAUAUGGACGAGCACCGGGUGCGGACCCAAUUACUGCACGAGAAAAGAGAAAACGUCCUGCGUUGUCUGCCAGAGUCCAUGGAACCAUGUCAAGAAGCAUUGGAGGAGGUUUCGGACUUCCUCUGCGAAAGGUUUCCCAACAUGUUCACCAUGUCAAUGCAAGACAAGAAAAAAAACAUCACCAAUCAGAUGACUCGUGAUACCUUCACCGUCAGCGGGCGAGAUUCCAACGAAGGAUUGACCGAAGCACUCGAGGCCGCUGUCCGUCUCACGAUGGAGGACCUCAGUAUUCUGAUGAUGAACGAGGAAGGAGAAUAUUACCUAGCAGCGAGUGCGAGCCUCUUCCCAACGGGAUGGACCGUAAAUCAGAGAAUUGGCUGGACCAUCUCUCAACUGCAUGGUCCCGUGCCACUAUGGCACCAGCAAGUGGCCAACUCGGUCAGCAAAUUCCUCGCUCGUCUCACCCCAACCUCCCCAAUGGAACGAUCAAACUACUUCGUCGAAAUCAAGGCGCCAAACGAAAAUCUCACUGAAAUCCUUUACCGACCCGGUGCUCUCUGCGAGAAAGAAUUAACCAAUCCACUCCCAUCAGAGAUCCUGAUUCGCCGGGAAAGGCAAACCUUCCGUCGACUACCGCGCACAGGGGCGAUCGUCUUCGGCGUGAAGACGUACCUCACGCCGCUAGACGAGCUCCCAAUGACCGAGUUUGACAAUCUCGCCAAGGAGAUGAGCACUUGGCCUGAUUAUGUGGGUGAGUAUAAAGGAAAAGACGUCUGGGGCGCCAAAGUCCUGGAAUAUUACCAGACACGAGUUCGCGAGGAGCGCGGAGAAACAGAGAAGAAGCAAGACUUGAAAAUCGAGGUUUGA